AUGCUACGUUCCGUUGGUCGGCAGGUCCAAAGCCCUCGAAAUGCCACGAUAACCCCGCACCGACUAUCGACCUUGCCUCGACGUGGAUAUGCCGCUAUUACCGAUGUCUCCAACUUUCCCAUUGUCGGCGAGCAGCUGCACGGCUUCACCCUCAAGCGCGUCAAGCAGGUGCCAGAGCUCGAGUUGACCGCUUUACAUCUCCAGCAUGACAAGACUGGCGCCGAAUAUCUGCACAUUGCCCGCGAGGAUGCGAACAAUGUCUUUUCGAUUGGCUUCAAGACCAACCCACCAGAUGCCACCGGAGUGCCACACAUCCUCGAGCACACCACACUGUGUGGUAGUGAGAAGUACCCCAUCCGCGACCCCUUCUUCAAGAUGCUCCCCCGUUCCCUGUCUAACUUCAUGAACGCCUGGACCUUUCCCGACCACACUGGCUACCCGUUCGCCACGACAAACGCGCAAGAUUUCAAAAACCUCAUGUCCGUAUACCUCGAUGCGACGCUACACCCGUUACUGAAGGAGAAUGACUUCACCCAAGAGGGGUGGCGGUUGGGUCCUGAGAACCCGCUGGCAAAAGAGUCGGAGGACCCCAACGCGAAGCGCAUCGUUUUCAAGGGCGUGGUAUACAAUGAAAUGAAGGGCCAGAUGUCGGAUGCAAGCUACCUGUUCUACACCAAAUUCCAAGAUCACCUAUACCCGGCCAUCAACAAUUCCGGUGGCGACCCGCAGAAGAUUACCGACCUGACUUGGGAACAGCUACGGAAAUUCCACGCCGACCACUAUCAUCCCAGCAAUGCCAAGAUUCUCACGUACGGAGACAUGCCUUUGGUGGAGCAUCUGAAGGAGGUGGACAGUCGCUUGAACGGUUUUGACAAGAUAGCCGUGGAUCAGGAAGUGAAGGCACCAAUAACUCUGGACGGCCCCAAGGAAGUCACGGUUGCGGGACCUCUCGACCCACUGGUACCUCAGGACAGGCAGUACAAGACUUCGGUUACAUGGUUGAUGGGCGACACUGCAGACGCCGUAGAGAACUUUGCGCUGGGAGUACUGAGCAGUCUGCUUAUGAGCGGCUACGGCUCGCCUCUCUACCGCAAUCUUGUAGAAUCUGGACUUGGUGCUGAUUUCAGUGCGAAUACUGGCUAUGACAGCGCUGGACGACGAGGUGUCUUGUCCAUUGGGUUGGACGCCGUCAAAGCGGAUGAUGUGAACAAGGUCCGCGAGACCAUUGCGGAGACCUUACUCGAGGUGCGCAAAAACGGCUUCGACAAGAUCAAGGUCGAUGGUAUCCUACAUCAGCUGGAGCUCUCGCUCAAGCACAAGACUGCCAACUUUGGGAUGGGCAUCCUCCAAAGACUAAAGCCUGGCUGGUUCAACGGUAUCGACCCAAUGGAGGCCCUCGCUUGGCAAGAAACGGUCAACGCUUUCCAGAAGAAGUACGCUGAAGGCAACUAUUUGGAGAGCCUGAUUGAAAAGUACCUACUCACCGACAAAACCCUGACCUUCACCAUGCAGCCAUCGGAGACGUUCAGCCAGGAACUCGUCGAUGAAGAAAGCCAACGAUUAGCGGCAAAGAUUGCAGAGACCACGAAGCAGUUCCCAAGCGAGCAGGAGGCGCAGAAGUACCUGGAAGAGCGAGAGCUUCAGCUAUUGGAAGUCCAAGAGAAAGCCAGAAACGAAGAUUUGAGCUGUUUGCCCACUGUUCACGUCAAGGAUAUUCCUCGAGAAAAGGAGAGGAAGCCACUGCGACAUACUCAGCUGGAUGGCGUCAAGGUCCAGUGGCGCGAGGCACCCACCAACGGUCUGACGUAUUUCCGUGCUGUGCACAGAUUACAGGAUCUCCCCGACGAGUUAAGAGAGAUGAUCCCGCUAUUCACCAGCGCCAUCAUGCGCCUUGGUACCAAAGACAAGACGAUGGAACAACUUGAGGAACUGAUCAAGCUGAAGACUGGAGGCAUCUCCGUAGGCUACCACUCUUCACAGUCACCCUUGUCGCUCGACGCGUACGAAGAAGGUAUGGCAUUUUCCGGCUACGCUUUCGACGGUAACAUACCCGACAUGUACGAACUCCUACGGACUAUCAUACAAGAGACGGACUUUGAUGGGCCUGAAGCGGGCAAGAAGAUUCGAGAGCUCCUGCAGAGUGCGGCAAGUGGUGCCAUCAACUCGAUCGCAGAGUCUGGUCAUUCUUAUGCCAUGAAGUUCGCUGAAGCUGGAAUCAGUCCUGUGAGCCGAUUAGCAGAAGAAACCGGGGGUCUCACCCAAGUCAAGGUUAUGACAGCUCUCGCAUCGCAAGAGUCGCUAGACGAUGUCAUCAAGAAACUCAAAGCUAUCCAGUCUUUCACUAUCACGAACAGCAACCAACUCCGCGUAGCGAUCAACUGCGGUAGCGAGAGCUCAACGCCAAACCAGGAGGCACUACAUCGCUUCUUGAACACAUUACCCAAGGACGUCUCUGUGCCCUCGACGUCACAGCAAAAGCAGUACCCUCGGAACGCCAAGUCAUUCUUCCCUCUGCCUUACCAAGUCUACUACUCCGCCCGCGCUGUCCCGACAGUGGCCUACACCGACGCCUCCAGCGCACCUCUCGAGAUCCUCGCGAAGCUCCUUACCUUCAAGCAACUUCAUCCAGAGAUUCGCGAGAAGGGUGGCGCAUACGGCGGUGGUGCAUAUGCACGUAGCAUCGGCGGUCUCUUCGGCAUGUACUCAUACCGCGACCCCAACCCGCAGAACAGUAUGAAGAUCAUGGCCGAAGCAGGGCAAUGGGCGCGCGACCGCGCAUGGACACCUCAGGAUCUCGAAGAAGCCAAGCUGAGUGCAUUCCAAGGAUACGAUGCGCCGCAAAGUGUCAGUCGCGAGGGAAUGAGGCUGUUCCUGUCUGGCGUCACAGACGAUAUGCUGCAGACGCGUCGCGAACGCCUCCUCGACGUCACAGCUGAGCAGGUACAAGCCGUAGCCGACCAGUUCCUCGUCAAGGGCGCCGAGAGCAGUGUAGCUAUCUUGGGCGAGCGGAAAGACUGGGUCAAAGAGAACGAUGGCUGGCAGUUCAGAGACCUGGGUAUGUCGGAAACUGCAAAGGCCACUGAGGAAGCUGAAGGUAUUGCGCAAAAGGAGGACGACGUGCCGGCUAUCGCGAGCUGA